AACAAUCUUUUCUGCGCAGCACGCGGUAAUCUUAUAGAACAGGUUGUCUCGUUUGUAAAAUUUAAAAAUGAAUAACAAUAAAGUUUCUUGCCCUGUCUGUUCUGAAGAAUUUUCUUCUACAAUAAUAGAAAAUCAUGUUACUAAAUGUUUAUUCUUAAAUGAAUCAGCAAGUAAAGAAUCUUCAUCAUCCUUUAAAAAUGAAAGUCCUGCUAGGAAAUAUAUAAAAUUAAGUAGUAUAAAAACAAAGAAAACUGAUUUGGGAUUCACAAGAAAAAGACGUGAUGUAAUAGAAUCUGCAAUAAAUGCAGAUGAUCAAAUUCCAAAAACUUUAUGUCAGAACAAUAUAGAUAAAGAAAAUAAAAAAUUAUCUGGAAAUUAUCACGUACCUCUUGCUGAACACAUGAGACCUACAACACUUUCAGGAUAUGUUGGACAAUCACACAUUCUUGGACCAUCAACUGUUCUUUAUCAGUUAUUAAAUAAAUUUGAAGUACCAAACAUAAUUUUAUGGGGUCCACCUGGUUGUGGAAAGACAUCUUUGGCAAAUGUUAUAGCUCACAUGUGCAAAAAUAAAUCAAAUGGUAAAAUGAGAUAUGUUAAAUUGUCUGCUGCAAUGGCUGGGGUAAAUGAAGUAAAAGAAGCAGCCACUAUAGCCUCUAAUGAGUUGAAAUUUAAUAGACGUACAGUAAUUUUCAUGGAUGAAAUACAUCGUUUUAAUAAAACUCAACAAGAUGUAUUUUUGCCUCUUGUUGAAUCUGGUACUAUUACAUUAAUUGGUGCAACAACAGAAAAUCCUUCCUUCAGUUUAAAUUCUGCACUUUUGAGUCGUUGUAGAGUCAUUGUUUUGGAGAAACUAAAUAUACCUAAUUUAGUGUCUAUACUAAAUCGAGCUGUAUCUUCACUAGAAGGAAUAGUACAUAGCUCAAAUGAAAAAUUAAAAGAUACUGAACAAGUACCAAAGUUCAUUAUAGAUAAACCAACUAUAGAAUGGUUAGCAGGAACAUGUGAUGGUGAUGCUCGAAUAGCAUUAGGGGGUUUGGAAUUAGCACUUCAAUGUAAAAUACCAAAUGAUGAAGAAUUUCUACAAAAUGGUCCAAUAACUAUAACAUUAGAUGAUAUUAAAGAAAGUCUUAAAAAAACUCAUAUGCUAUAUGAUAAGAAAGGUGACCAGCAUUAUGAUACAAUUUCUGCUCUACAUAAAUCUGUUAGAGCAAGUGAUGAAAAUGCUUCUCUUUACUGGUUAACAAGAAUGAUAUUAGGUGGUGAAGAUCCUGUUUACAUUGCACGAAGAUUAGUAAGAAUGGCAUGUGAAGAUAUUGGUUUAGAAGAUCCAAAAGCUCUUGGAAUUGCUAUACAUACAAUGCAUGGUUGUAAAAUGGUAGGAAUGCCAGAAUGUGAUGUCCUUUUGGCACAAUGUACAACAUAUUUAGCAAGAGCACCAAAAUCUAGAUUAAUGGAAGAUGCUCUUAGAGCUGCUCAAAGAGUAGUGGCUGAAUACAAAGGACCACAGCCAGAGGUACCUUUACAUUUAAGGAAUGCUCCAACAAAACUUAUGAAAAAUCUAGGAUAUAGCAAAGGUUAUAACAUGAAACAAAAAGAUGAAUCAGGAUUACAUUAUUUACCAGAAGGAUUAAAAAAUAUAAACUUCUUUAACUACCAUGAAAGUUAUAUGACAUGA